GAUCCGUGACUAUAUAUAGUCCUGGCAAAAACAACUUCCUUCUUCACAAAAAAAACCUCACCUCCCUCCACACUCAGCCAUGGAGUCCUCCUUCCCUUUCCUCGAAUCCGUGAUUGGUUUCAUGAUACUAAUGUACUUCUUUGAGACUUAUUUGGAUACUCGGCAACACUCUGCUCUCAAACUUCCGACCCUUCCCAAAACUUUGGAAGGAGUAAUCAGCCAAGAGAAGUUUGAGAAGUCGCGAGCCUACAGUCUUGAAAAGAGUCAUUUCCAUUUUGUUCAUGAGUUUGUGACAAUACUGAUGGAUUCAGCAAUUUUGUUCUUUCGAGUUUUGCCUUGGUUUUGGAAGAAAUCUGGAGACUUUGUGGUUUUGGCUGGCCUCAAUGCCGAAAAUGAAAUACUGCAUACACUUGCAUUUUUAGCUGGUGUUACGAUUUGGUCACAGAUCACUGAUUUGCCAUUUUCUCUGUACUCCACAUUUGUGGUUGAGGCACGUCAUGGUUUCAACAAGCAAACAAUAUGGUUAUUCUUUAGAGACAUGUUGAAAGGAAUUUGCCUUAUGGCGAUCCUCGGUCCACCGAUUGUGGCGGCAAUCAUUGUGAUUGUACAGAAAGGAGGUGCUUACUUGGCCAUUUAUCUUUGGGGAUUCAUGUUUGUGCUCUCUCUUGUUAUGAUGACGAUCUACCCUAUUCUAAUAGCUCCACUCUUCAACAAGUUUACCCCUCUUCCGGAGGGUCCGCUCAGGGAGAAAAUUGAGAAGCUCGCUUCUUCCCUCAAUUUUCCAUUGAAGAAGUUGUUUGUUGUUGAUGGAUCUACAAGGUCAAGCCAUAGCAAUGCCUAUAUGUACGGAUUUUUUAAGAACAAGAGAAUUGUCCUCUAUGAUACAUUGAUUCAGCAGUGCAAAAAUGAUGAAGAAAUUGUAGCUGUUAUUGCUCAUGAGCUAGGCCAUUGGAAGCUUAAUCACACAAUGUAUUCAUUUAUUGCGGUGCAGAUCCUUACACUUAUGCAAUUUGGGGGAUACACUCUAGUAAGAAAUUCGAGCAGUCUGUUCCAAAGUUUUGGGUUUGAUACCCAGCCGGUCAUCAUUGGACUCAUCAUAUUUCAGCACACCAUUAUCCCUGUUCAGCACCUAGUUAGCUUUGCUCUUAACCUUGUGAGCCGAGCUUUUGAAUUUCAGGCUGAUGCUUUUGCUAAGGCGCUUGGCUAUGCUGCUUCACUUCGAGCUGGUCUUGUUAGGUUACAGGAAGAGAAUUUGUCAGCUAUGAACACUGAUCCUUGGUACUCGGCGUAUCACUAUUCUCACCCACCGCUUGUCGAAAGAUUAGCUGCAAUUGAUGAAGAGACCAAGAAAACAGACUGAUAUGGUAAACCCAUGGAUGAUCACACAAAUACGAUGCAUCAAUCUCCAUUGACAAAGAGCAUAGCGCUCAUUAUUGUCAAACGGCUGUUUUUGUUUCCUUUUAGUUUUAAAUUCAACGAGGAUUCAUAUCCAUAGUUGGAAAAUAGAACACUACUUAUUAUUAAUAGGAUAUGAAGGGGCUACAGUGAAUCAGUGAGAGGGUCAGAUGCAAAAUGAAUAUAAGUGCACAAACAAAAAACAACCUGUUUCUGUUGUGUAUAUUGUUUCAAUGAGCUAGCAGCUAGUAAGAACAUAUUUCGUAGCAGUUCUCUUUCAGCCUUGUACCAUCUUUCUUUUACUUGAAUUAGUACGACAGUAUCCGAUAAUCACAUGCUUAAGCUAACCACAGUAUCUGCUAAUCGAUUGUUAAUCAUAUGUUAGAAUUUCCUGC